GAUGUUGCGCCUCUGGGAUUAGAAACUCUGUGGUAGCAGCGUCUGUCACAGCAAACUUGUCUCCACACAGCCACAGCGCUCAGUUGCAGAUAAUCGUGAACCGGCGCAUCCAAGUUCAGCCGUUUAUCACGCCUAGUGGUCCUUACGUCCUAACCAGCCAGACUAUUUGCGAUGACGUGUCUCCCAUCUGUCCGCUACCGCAGCUGAAAAACAACAAAUCAAACAUCUCAAUUUAAACAUUUUAGAAGUGUUUAUGCUGCCGUUAUGGCAGGCCUGCAUCGCACGCGUAUAUUCGGCUCCAUCUCACUGUUGUUCCUGUUGUCCUGUGACACCCUGUUGAGUGAUGGACCACCCACCUUGCUGUCCACCUCCCAGCCCUCUCCUCUGUCCCUCAUUGACCUGGAUCUAGAUGUGGAGGAGCAGCCUGAGAUGAUGACCGUUCCAGGCAGCCCCACCACGGUACCAGGCCUAACCUCCCAGGGACGGGAGACCUCCCAGCAGGACACGUCCCAGGAGUCCUCAGGGUUCUUCAGUGAGGACGGUGAAGACAACAAGCCUCUCCAGUCCUCUGUUCAUCUCUGGGACGAUGUCAGAGACCAAGUCAACAUCACUGAUCUAGACAGGAAGUCCCUCAGAGGUUACAGUCAAACCCUCUCCCAGUCCUCCGCCUCUCCUAUGGAGGAACCCAGACAGGGGAACCACACUUCUCCUUUCAUGACUGCGAUGGAGAACCUGGAGCGGGAGUUAUGGGAGAUGGAGAGAGAGUCCAGUGGCCUCCCCGUAGAGCCUGGCUAUGCCCAGAACCAGGGCCUGUCUACCACCACCACCAUCCCUGCUGCUGACCCGGUGGUUCCUGUAGACUCCACCACCUUAGACCCACAAUAUGUCCCUGUACACGGGGGCCAGGAAUCACCUCCUGGGGAUACAGUGGAGGUAGAGGUAGCAGAGGAGGAAGAGGAGAUGGAUGGGGAGAUGAAGAGGGAGAGUCCCACCACUGAGCCUGACGUCUCCAGACCCACCCUCCCAGAGGUGGGUGUCUUCCCCAGCUUUGGGCCCCUCCAGCCAGACAACAUUCAUACAGAAGACCGGGAGGAGGUGGUGGAGGAAGAGGAUGAAGAGGAUGAAGAGGAAGAGGAGACAGUGGUCCUUGGAGGACCUGGGAGUGACAGGGGGAGAGGAGGGUCCAUCUCUCCCCUGACCACGGUCCCCUCUGCUUCUUUGGCCCCCACAGUUGGCUUCACAGAGGACUCCUGGGAUCGUCUGGAGGAUGGGAGGGAGGGCCAGGAGGAGGAGGAGAGGAGGCAGGAGGAGCAGGAGGUUAAAAAUGGAGGAACAGAGCUGUUAACAGAGACAGAGAUCCUCCAUGGUGCACACUUCUCACAGGAGAUACAGCAGGUGAUCUGUGUGGACUGGAGCGAUCUGGCUGGGAAGGGCUACAUCAUCCUCAACAUGUCAGACAGCGUUGACUGUGAUGAGUUCCGUGUGGAGAGUGGGGACCGGCUCCUGGAGCUACUAGAAACAGCCUUCUCUAGGAAGAUGGACAGUCCUCAGGGCUCCUGGCUCAUCUCUCUCUCUAAACCCACCAUGCAGGACCACCAGCUGCUCAUCACACUGGCCAGCGAACACGGAGUUAUUGCCACCAAGGAUGUGCUGUCGAUGUUAGGUGAGAUAAGGAAAGGUUUACACGAGAUUGGCAUCCAGAGCUACAGCAGUGCUAGCACCUGUCACUCCAGACCCAGUCAGACGCGUAGUGACUACGGGAAGCUGUUUGUGGUCCUGGUGAUCAUAGGUUCUGUCUGUGUGGUCAUCAUCGCCUCUGGUCUAAUCUAUAUCUGCUGGCAGAGACGCCUGCCUAAGCUGAAGACUAGGACUCGAGGUGAGGAGCUUCAUUUUGUGGAGAACGGCUGCCAUGACAACCCCACCCUGGACGUGACGAGUGACGGGGGACAGCCGGAGAUGCAGGAGAAGAAACAUCACCAUUACCAACACGCUAACGGACUGACGGCUGGGACCGGGUCUGGGGGGGUGGCCGGGGGGGAGGGAGGGAGUAGUGGCUGGCAGGUCCUGGUCAACAAACCUGGAGGGAAGGAAGAGGAUAAUAUGGAAGAGGACACACACCUUUAGUAAAGAGACGAAGAAGAGUGAAGGAGGAUGGAAAAAGGGUAGCCUGGAUCCAGAUCUAUUUGUGCUGUCUUGCCGACUUCUAUGGUCAUUGUCACAUUUGGCUUGGUAAAGACGGCACAAACAGACCUGGGAGUCGGACUAGGUUAGAAAGAGAAGAAGAGAAAGAGAGAGAUGAAGAAGCAAAAAAUCAUCAGUGUUGUGAAACUUGUGAAUGCAUCGGCUGUCAAAUUAGAAACACACGUGAAGUAAACUAAUCAGACAAAACAACUUCUUUAAGCUACUUAGAUGUUUUAUCUAUUGACUAUGAUUAUAUGAUAUGGACUUGAUCAUCUACUCUGCUUUCCUUUUUUGUCAACUAAGCAUGAUUCACAUCUAUUACUAAACACUGUACAGCGACAGGGACUUUUCAGAAUGUUGAAACAUUGAAUGUUAGAAUAUCCAAUCAGAGUGAAUAGAGGAGAUAUCCCUCUGUUGUGAGUAUGAAUGUUCGUAGUGGAACUGCUGAAGUUAGGAUAUUGUAUUUAACAUGUUGAAUGCAGACGCGAUAUGCUAGCUAUUCUGUAUUAUGUCACGUUGGAAUGACUCCUCUGUAUCCGGUCAGUUCACACUGAUCUUAUUUCAAAAUCACACAAUAAUUUGGAAGCGUCCAUUACUCCCAGCCUCCUUACAAUCAAGAAUACGUCAAUGAAAUAACUAGUUUGGUUGCCGGAUCUGAUAGCUUUAGCAAACUGAUCUCUGGCUGCUGUGGCAUGGUAACAAACAAAGGGGUUGGCUAAAGCACGAGCACAUCUGGCAACCAGACUGCAAAACAACAGAGCGAGGCUGGCAAUAUUUAAAACGCUUUCAGUUAUAUCACACUGAAUUAAUUGAUUAUAAGCACAGCUAAUAUUGUUUUGGGCUAUUAACUGUAGAAGUGAAGGCCUGUAAAUAUGAAUGUAUUUUGAAAUCAUGCUGCUAGAAUUUCUUCUGUGGCAUUAAUGACAUUCUGUCAUUUAAAUGUGAACAAUAUAUCUUCUCUGCCUGGCAGUAUUGCCACUGCUUCAAAAUGGUGGGAUAUGUUUUUAGUGCACAGUCAGCUUGAGGUCAGCUUAUUUUACAGAAAGCGAACAAUAUCACCAAGCAGGCAUGCUGGCACACAUCUCCCAUAGCCUACACUGUGCUUGGCCUAUAAGUAUUUGAAACGCUUAAAUCAGUAACACAAGCUAAAACUGUUUUGUGUACGUGUGUUUGUGUGUGUGUGCGUGCGUGCUAGUGUGUUUGUGUGCGUGCUAGUGUGUGUGUGUGUGUGUUUGUGUGUGUGUGUGUGCGUGCUAGUGUGUGUGUAUUGUGUGUGUGUGGGGGGGGGGGUAGCUUCCAAAACGAGUAAGAUCUUAUAUUGGAGGGAUAGGCUACUAAACCAAUGCUGUCCCUUCCUUGUUUGUUGUAUUUCGCAUGACUAAACAAGCAGAUAGCCACUAUGUGUUUUAAAUUGUGUAUUGGAGGGUUGACCUCGCCAGGGUCGUGUUCAUUAGGCAUCAAACGGAAGAAAACUGACUGAAUCAGGGAGGGACUACUUGACUUGUCCAAUAAGAAACACAGAUUUUCAUAUUCCGUCGCAAGAUGUUUUAAAACAUUUUCCAUUGCGUUCCCUAAUGAACACGACCGAGGAAAGUUCAGAGAAUAGGAGAACCAAUUCAUUUAUAUAUACACUAAAUGACUGAUAGGGGGCGCUGUGUUGAAGCCUCUGUGCCUCCAUCUUGGUACUCCUCCUCCAUUGUAAUGAAGCCAAUGCGCAGCCAUCUUGGUACUCCUCCUCCAUUGUAAUGAAGCCAAUGCGCAGCCAUCUUGGUACUCCUCCAAUGUAAAACAUUUUUUGGGAAGCUAUAUAAAUCCAUUUAUUCAUGUCUACAUUAGUUUUAAAUUACAUCAUGUGAGCUAAACAUAUAUAUAUAUAUAUAUAAGUAAAACAUACUAUUUAGAGAUUAUUAAUGUUACUGUCCCCACUACAACCACAAAAAUUACUUUAAAAUGUAAUUUUGUCCUUAAAAUGUCAUUUUGAAAUACUGUAGAAUUACAUUCAUUCCUAUGGAGGACUGCUCCUACUGGGGAGUACCAGUAUGGCGUCCCGAAGGCUAACAAAACCUCUCAAUGGCCAAUACAUAUCAUUGGUCUGAGAAAUCAGCAGUAGGUCUGUGUGGGCUGCUCUGAUGUAAUGCUCGUGCAGUGUUGUCUCUAUCCACUUGAAAGCUACACUGAAAUAAGUGUGGCUCAGUGUUGUUAAAAUGUCGAUGUUAUUGUCGAAGUAAUAUCGCAUCUUUAAGUGU